AUGGCAACCACCGGAAAUGUCCUUCGCAAACGGCUUCUCACCACUGAGGUGGAUGCCAUCGCCGAACAAGACCCUGGCAGACGGUUCUGCGUCAUGCCCAAGGGGUCUGAGCUGUCGGAUGGCCUGCGGGAGGUUUCGAUUCAGGACCUCGCUCGCGGCAUCAAUUUCAUGUCCUGGUGGAUCGACGCGCAAGCCGGCAAAGGCCAGUCUUCUCAGUCCACAGUGGCUUACAUGGGGGCAAAUGACAUUCGCUACUUCAUCUUUAUCAUCGCCUGCCAUAAGACCGGCUACAAGCCCCUGCUGCCUUCAAGCAAAAACUCCGACGAAGCGCAGCUCUUCUUGCUAGAUGAGACCAAGUGUACCCGGUUCUUCUACAGCGAGGAGCGGGAGCGCAAAGCCAUAGAGCUCCAGCAGCUUCGUCCCGAGCUCGAUCUCUUCCAGCUGCCAUCCUUGGAUGCUAUUUUAGAAUCAGAAGAGGGUUUACGCUCCUAUCCCUUCACCCAGUCUUACGAGGAGGCCGAAGAUGAGGUCUUUCUUAUUGUUCACAGCUCCGGAUCAACUGGAAUGCCCAAGCCAAUCCCCCUAACUCAUGGCUACUUCAGCACUCUGGAUGCCCUGGCCUACCUUCCCCGCCCCGGGGGGAGGCGUCUGACUAUCUUCUCCGAUCUCAGCCCGGACAAUCUCGUCCUUAGCGUUGUCCCAUUCUUUCACAUGAUGGGCGUCGUCGCUUUUACGGAAUCUAUUUUCCAUGCGGUGCCAUUCCUGUAUGGACCGGAGAAACCGCUUUCGGUUGACUUCUUAACCGAUCUCAUCAAGUUAGGGCAACCAUCCACGGCCCUUCUACCCCCGUCGAUCCUCGACGAUAUAUCCUUGUCAGAAGAAGCCCUACUCACAUUAAGUACACUGGAGAGUGUCUACUUCGGCGGUGCACCACUUUCCUCCGAAACGGGAGAUAAGGUGCGCAAGUAUACCAAGCUCAUCACGGCACUGGGAUCGACCGAAACGAGCAUCAUCCCAUCCAUAGUCCCAGAGAAGGACGAGGAUUAUGGCUUUCUCGAGUGGAAUCCCAACUAUGGCGCAACCAUGGAGCAUGUCGGAGAUGGAAUCUAUGAGCUAGUUAUACCUCGUCCGCCCACGCGCGAUUACCAUGGCAUCUGCCAUACCUUUCCCUCGUUCACCGAGUACCAUACCAAGGACCUCUUCACACAGCAUCCAACCAACCAUCAGCUGUGGAAGCACCACGGUCGCCUAGACGACGUUAUUGUCCUGAGCAACGGGUUCAAGUUCAACCCGGUCAUCAUGGAAACAAUGAUCGAAGCACAUCCUCGCAUCUCACGAGCUCUGGUAGUUGGGAAGUCGAAGUUCCACACUGCUUUGCUAGUAGAGCCGUACUGGGAUCCGUCGGGCUCGGAUAUUGACCCCGAGUCGUUCAUUGAGGAAAUAUGGCCUGCAGUAGAGACAGCGAACCAAGCGGUUGCCGCUCACGGACGGGUCCUCAAAGACAAGAUUGGGCUCUCGCGGAGGGACAAGUCAUUUCAGACGACUCCGAAAGGCUCGACACGAAGAGCUGCGGUGCUGAGAGACUACGCCGAGGAGAUCGAGGCUAUCUAUUCCAGAAGCGAUGAGGGUACAGUGGCAGUGGCUGCGCUUCCAGAAACGCCAAAUCCGUCGAAUCUCACUCAAUACAUUCAUGAGUUGGUCGCCAAAAUUCUCCAAUGGUCCGACUUUAGCCAUCAGGAAGAUCUUUAUAAAAUUGGCCUUGAUUCAUUGCAGACGAUCCAGCUCUCCAAGUAUCUGCGAAGCGCUCUACUGUCACACCGCGGUAAUGCAGCCCCAAUCAAUCUGACCACCCAGAUGGUUUACGCAAAUCCCACAGUGGAAAGGCUGGCUCAGCUGGUUUUACAGAUUUUGGACGGUGGCAACACGCAAGAGAUAUCUCGGCCAGAGAAACUCAAUGAUCUGGUGCAGAAGUACACGGCCGACCUGCCAUUCCAGGACUUGGCUCCAGUCCAGAAUGGACUAACCCCCAAGCAAAAGUCAACAGUGAUCCUUACUGGAUCCACCGGCUCCCUCGGUACCUAUCUCCUUGAUGUCCUCCUACAAGACCAGACAGUUGCCAAGGUCUACUGUUUCAACAGAAGCGACGCCAAAACCAAACAAGAAAAAAGCUUCGAAGAAAAGGGCCUAAAACAUACACCGUCAGACCUUGGAAAGGUUGAAUUCCUCACAGUUUCAUUCGGAGAUGCCCAAUUUGGCGUCGACCCUAGCAAAUACGAAGAACUACUCAGCUCUGUUGACACCAUCAUCCACAACGCCUGGAAAGUUGACUUUAACCACAGUGUCGACUCCUUCGAAGACCCUCACAUCCGGGGCGUACGGAACUUCAUCGACUUCAGUUUGCAGAGCAAACACCGCGCCCAUUUUUACUUCGUCUCUUCAGUCGGCACCGUUGGCGCCUGGACCUCGCAAAUGGGAGAAACAGUUCCUGAACUGCCAAUUGAUGAUUCUGAGGCAUGUCCGAACCAGGGCUACGGCGAGUCCAAGUACAUUUCCGAGCGAAUCUGCUACGAAGCAGCUCACCGGUCAGGCAUGCCAACAACCGUAUUCCGCGUUGGGCAAAUUGCAGGCCCUACCACCGCUAAGGGACAGUGGAAUCCCCAGGACUGGCUUCCCACUAUUAUCGCGACCUCGAAAGCGAUAGGUCUGGUCCCGGAUACACUAGGCUCAAGGGUGGUUGAUUGGAUUGCAGUGGACACCCUCGCCAAAAUCAUCAGCGAAAUUAUUCACACGCGCGCAACCGAGUCCACUUUCCCCAGCGCAGUUUUUCACCUCGUCAACCCCUCGAAAACAACCUGGGAAUCACUCGUUCCAGCUGCUCAGGAGAUGUAUCCCCAUAUGAAGCCGGUAGAUCUAUCGACCUGGGUUAAGCACUUCGAAGAAGUGAGCAACCCAUCCGAGCAGGAUAUCGCCGAGAAACCGGCUCUCAAGUUACUCGACUUCUAUCGCGAGUUCUCGGAGAAUACUACGCUACUAGCAGUUCCGCUUGCCGUUGACAAGGCGAAAGAAUCCAGCGCCACGAUGGCAUCACUUGGGGCGGUUACGAGGAAUGAUAUGAUGAAUUGGCUGAGGCAGUGGGGUUUCUAAAUUGUACCGUGUUUUCUCUUGGGGUAGUCGUUGUCUAAUUGAGUUUCAUCGGAUGUUAUAUAUAAGCAGGUAAUGCUAGUCGACAGAAGAGUCCUC